CGACUGCACUCCAGCCUGAGUGCCAGAGCGAGCCUCUGUCUAAAUAAGUAAUUAAUUAAUUAGUUUUUAUAUAAAUAUAGUCUAUAAAAGAUUAUAGGAAAACACAGAUGUUAACAGCAAUAUUCUUAAACAUGAAUUCAUAAGGUUAUGCUUUAUCACUAACAAAUGAAAAUAAAUUCCAAGCAUCUUGACACAGUUCUGUUUCUAGCAGGGUUUUUGUGGUAAUUUGUGUAUGUGUUUUUCACUGUAUUUGUUGAAACACUUCAUUCUUCAUUAUGAGGCUAGGUUAACUGCCUGCUGGUUGGUUUCUUAAUUCCAGUAAUAGAUUUUAAAUUGUGUUUUCUCUUUUUAAACUGUUACCCCAUUUAGUCAGGUAAAUCUUUACAGAUGUUGUAAAGAUUUAGCAGCAUUUCUAUUAGUCCUCUUCUCUCUUAGAAUUUUUUUUUUGCAUACAUCUCUUGCUAGCAGCUCUGAAAGUUAAGGUUCCAUGUUCAGAAUUUAAUCUAUAAUUAUUAGAAUUAGCACUUACUGCUACUGCCCUAUUCAUUUAAAUCAUCAUAUCAGAUAAAAGAAAGCAGUAUUUUUGUUUCAGGGCUUUAUGGAGUGGAUAGAUAAAAUUUUUUGUUUCAUGUCUUUUGCCAUGUGUAUAAUAACUUCUUUCAAAAUUACCAUAGAACAAGCAGCCUACAUAUAUUUAGCUUUCAUUGUUCACCUUUCCUCCUCCCUCUUUUAGAAAAAUGCCUAAUUAUACAGAUUAAAGAUUGAUGUUCAGCAACUUUAUUUUAAGGCAGAAAAACAACAAACUAAUCAGCGAUGUGUUCUUUAUACUCGCAGUACUGGUGUUGACCUCUUAAGCAUUUGUAAACUGCUUACAAUGUUAGAUAAUAAUGAAUGCCGGUUACCUCUAAGGAUUUAAAACAUUUCUUUUCAGUCCAAAUUCUUUUCCCUGUGUUUUGAAAUAUUCUUCCUGUAACUAUAUAUUUAAAUUGGUCUGAUAUGUUACUUUUUACUGGCUUAGAAAAUAUAUAAUUGGUACAUUUUGUGGCUCAAAAUUGCAGCUAACACAGAUUGAUAAUUAAAGCUUAAAGAUUUAUUUACAUUUUAUGAAAAUUUAACAUGUGAAUUUGACAACGUGUUAUUUGUGAAUGAAACCAGUUUUCAGUAGCUUUAAAAAAAAAAAAAAAAACCAUGAUUUGAGAUACACUUGAAAAAAUGAAUUAAAUUAUUUUUGUUUCAUAUCAAGAAAUGGAUGAAAAGAGGCUGCUGGAUCCAGGGUUGAAGGUUCCUAAAGGCCUCUGGGAUUAUGCUCUGAAGAACCCGCAGACGGAAUGCCUGAGUGACUGAAGAAAAUGGGUGCUAAUGCAUCUAAUUAUCCUCAUUCAUGUUCCCCGAGGGUAGGGGGAAAUUCACAGGCCCAACAGACUUUUAUAGGGACAUCAUCCUAUUCUCAGCAAGGCUAUGGUUGCGAAUCAAAAUUGUAUAGCCUUGACCAUGGCCAUGAGAAACCGCAAGACAAAAAAAAGAGAACCUCUGGCCUUGCCACCCUCAAAAAGAAGUUUAUUAAGCGUCGAAAAUCUAAUAGGUCCGCUGAUCAUGCCAAGCAGAUGCGAGAACUCCUCUCUGGGUGGGAUGUUAGAGAUGUCAAUGCAUUAGUGGAGGAAUAUGAGGGAACGUCAGCAUUAAAGGAGCUUUCUCUACAAGCCAGUUUGGCUAGACCAGAAGCCCGGACAUUGCAGAAAGAUAUGGCUGAUCUUUAUGAGUACAAGUAUUGUACUGAUGUAGACUUAAUAUUUCAAGAAACUUGUUUUCCUGUUCAUCGUGCCAUUUUGGCAGCAAGAUGUCCAUUUUUUAAAACACUGCUUUCUUCCUCACCUGAGUAUGGGGCAGAGAUAAUAAUGGACAUCAAUACAGCUGGUAUUGAUAUGCCCAUGUUUUCUGCUUUGUUACACUACCUUUAUACAGGAGAGUUUGGAAUGGAGGACUCAAGGUUUCAAAAUGUCGAUAUCCUUGUUCAGCUUAGUGAAGAAUUUGGAACACCAAAUUCCCUUGAUGUAGAUAUGCGUGGACUCUUUGAUUACAUGUGCUAUUAUGAUGUCGUCCUUAGUUUUUCGUCAGACUCUGAACUGGUUGAAGCUUUUGGUGGAAAUCAGAACUGUUUAGAUGAAGAGCUCAAAGCCCACAAGGCUGUUAUUUCUGCACGGUCCCCAUUUUUUCGAAAUUUAUUACAAAGGAGGAUACGAACUGGUGAAGAAAUCACAGACCGAACUUUGAGGACUCCCACAAGAAUUAUAUUAGAUGAGUCGAUUAUACCAAAAAAAUAUGCAAAAGUGAUAUUACACUGUAUGUAUACCGACGUGGUGGACCUCUCUGUUUUGCACUGUAGCCCCUCUGUCGGGAGUCUCAGUGAAGUUCAGGCUCUCGUCGCUGGAAAGCCAAACGUGACCAGGGCAGAAGAAGCCAUGGAACUUUACCACAUAGCACUGUUCUUGGAAUUUAACAUGCUUGCACAAGGCUGUGAGGAUAUCAUUGCUGAGAGCAUCUCAUUAGAUACCUUAAUUGCCAUCCUCAAGUGGAGCUCUCAUCCAUAUGGCUCUAAAUGGGUGCACCGACAAGCUUUACAUUUCCUCUGUGAGGAAUUUUCCCAGGUCAUGACUUCGGAUGUUUUUUAUGAACUCAGCAAAGACCAUCUGCUUACUGCUAUCCAGUCUGACUACCUACAGGCAAGUGAACAAGAUAUCCUUAAAUAUCUGAUUAAAUGGGGAGAGCAUCAGUUGAUGAAAAGAAUAGCAGAUAGAGAGCCAAACUUACUGAGUGGCACUGCCCAUAGUGUGAACAAAAGAGGUGUAAAAAGACGAGACCUGGACAUGGAAGAGCUCAGAGAGAUCCUUUCUUCUCUCUUACCUUUCGUGCGAAUUGAACACAUCUUACCUAUAAACAGUGAAGUCUUAAGUGAUGCACUGAAAAGAGGCUUGAUUAGUACUCCUCCAUCAGAUAUGCUUCCUACAACAGAAGGUGGGAAGUCAAAUGCCUGGUUACGGCAAAAAAAUGCUGGCAUCUAUGUUCGUCCUCGACUCUUCUCUCCCUAUGUGGAAGAAGCAAAGUCAGUGCUAGAUGAGAUGAUGGUGGAACAAACAGAUCUUGUGCGCUUGCGAAUGGUUAGAAUGUCCAAUGUGCCAGACACACUCUACAUGGUCAAUAAUGCCGUGCCACAGUGUUGUCACAUGAUCAGCCACCAGCAGAUCAGCAGCAACCAGUCAAGCCCUCCUUCAGUUGUAGCCAAUGAAAUUCCAGUUCCUCGUCUCCUCAUUAUGAAAGACAUGGUCAGACGACUGCAGGAGCUGCGGCACACGGAGCAGGUGCAGAGGGCCUAUGCGCUCAACUGCGGGGAGGGCGCCACUGUCAGCUAUGAAAUUCAGAUUCGAGUACUGAGAGAGUUUGGUCUUGCAGAUGCUGCUGCAGAGCUGUUGCAGAAUCCUCACAAAUUCUUUCCUGAUGAACGUUUUGGGGAUGAAAGUCCUCUCUUGACAAUGAGACAGCCUGGGAGAUGUCGUGUAAACAGUACCCCUCCUGCAGAAACCAUGUUUACAGAUCUGGACUCUUUUGUGGCCUUCCAUCCACCCUUGCCUCCUCCACCACCUCCCUACCACCCCCCAGCUACCCCAAUCCAUAACCAGAUCAAAGCAGGCUGGAAACAAAGACCUCCCAGUCAGCACCCUUCACGUUCAUUUUCUUAUCCCUGUAAUCAUUCGCUGUUCCACUCCAGAACAGCUCCUAAAGCUGGCCCUCCCCCAGUCUACCUGCCAAGUGUUAAAGCAGCGCCUCCUGAUUGUACUAGCACUGCAGGACUGAGCAGACAGACGGUGGCUGCUGCCGCCACCACCACCACCUCAACAGCAGCAGCAGCAGCAUCUGAGAAGCAAGUGCGAACACAACCUGUGCUGAAUGAUCUGAUGCCAGACAUUGCUGUGGGUGUGUCCACACUGUCACUCAAGGAGAGGAGGCUUCCAGAGCUUGCUGUAGACACAGAAUUAAGCCAGUCAGUUUCUGAAGCAGGACCAGGGCCUCCCCAGCAUCUGUCAUGUAUUCCACAGAGGCAUACACACACUUCUCGGAAAAAACACACACUAGAGCAAAAAACAGAUGCCAGAGAAAAUCCACAGGAAUAUCCGGAUUUCUAUGACUUCUCAAAUGCUGCUUGUAGACCUUCUACUCCUGCUCCCGGCAGACGCACCCCGUCCCCUUCGCAAGGUGGAUAUUUUGGUCCCGAUUUGUACAGCCACAGUAAGGCAUCACCAAGUGGCUUGAAGUCAGCCUACCUACCUGGCCAGACGUCUCCUAAAAAACAGGAAGAAGCUAGGAGAGAAUAUCCACUUUCCCCUGACGGGCAUCUGCACAGACAAAAGAAUGAGCCGAUACACCUGGACGUCGUCGAGCAGCCUCCCCAGAGGUCAGACUUUCCUUUGGCAGCCCCAGAAAAUGCUAGUACUGGUCCAGCCCUUGUCAGGGGACGAACUACAGUAGAAACUGACUUGACUUUUGGGCUGACUCCUAACAGACCUUCACUUUCUGCAUGUAGCUCUGAAGCUCCUGAAGAGAGAUCCAGUAGAAGACUGGCAGACAGUGAGUCCCUGGGCCAUGGAGCUCAGAGAAAUACGGAUUUGGAAAGGGAAGAUUCAAUAAGCAGAGGAAGGAGGUCACCAAGCAAGCCGGACUUCCUCUACAAAAAAUCUGCCCUCUGAGAGCAACCUCCAAGUCGUCUGUGCCUGAGAUGUGAAACAUCCCAUUUUAUGAUGUAACCCAACAACUUACAGACCAGUUUAUCAACGCCAGCUGACAACUCAGUUUCACAUUAUUUUGGUCUAGUUUUUGUGUAUAUAUGUGUUAGACAUAGCAUGCUAAGGAG